AUGUCUAUUAAAGGAUCACUAUGGAGAUGCCAGAAGGAAAAGGGUUUAAGAAUUAAUAAAUUGAUAACUGGUUCAAAACUGCCAAUACAUACAAUUGUUCAUUGCAUAGGCUACUGGGCUCGAGAAAUGACUUCAGUAACAUUUUGUAAAUGUGAACUGAAAAUGGGACAAAAUGAUGUUUUCUAUUGGAACAAUUAUCUAUAUGAGGUAUAUAUAUGAUGGUUAGAAAAUAGGCAAUUUAAUAAAGAAAUUGGUGGUCCAGGUCUUUUUGUUGAAAUAGAUGAAAGUUUAUUUGUAUGUAGAAAAAAUAAUGCUGGACGCCUUUUGCUACAAUGGAUUUUUGGUGGAAUAUGUCGGGAAACAAGAACAUGUUUUAUUAUUAGUGUACCUGAUUCACUGA